GGGGACCUGGUUCGAGCUUUCCACGCCGCCUUUCGGAAUUCUCCGGUCAACUCCAAAAACCAGUUAGUGAAAGAACGAACCCAGGCAGUUGUACUGAAAGUCCUGACAUCAUUUAAAAGUAAUGAAAUUGAGCAAGCAGUAAAAACACUGGAUCGAAAUGGGAUUGACCUGCUUAUGAAAUACAUCUACAAGGGGUUUGAAAAGCCUACAGAGAACAGCAGUGCUAUAUUGCUACAGUGGCAUGAAAAGGUAUGUAAGUAUGAAGACAGGCUAGAAAACCUGAAAAGCUAG